UUGAUGUCUCUCUCACUCUCUCCUUUCUCUCUCGUUUUCUAUUUUUUUUUUUCCUCCUUUUCCUUCUUUCUCUCUCUAGAAUAUUUCUCAUUUUGAUUUAUUUGUUUUCAAAAGAAGUAGUUGGGUUUUGCUUGGUUGGCAAGAUUAUUCCAUUUUCUGAUUCUACUUAGAUCCCAUAUGCGUCUCUAAGAGAGGCCAUUAACCCUCGUCUCCUUGUUCGGAUCUAUCUACUAUGCCCCUUCUUCUUUCUCAUCAUAAAUAUUUUAUAUUUUUAUAAUUUUAAAUAAUAUAUACACAUCUUUCUCUCUCUAUUAUAUAUAUAUACCAGGUUUUCAUAUAGAUAAUCCCGGUUCCAAAACAUAAAUCAGAGCCAAACCCAGAUAAUAAAAAUUGAAUCUUUUCUAUCUUUUUCUCCACCUAAAAAAAUGCAGUGUUCAGGUAUGGCGUUCGAAAAAUAUAUUGAAGCUUUAGAGGUAGAAAGGAAGAAAAUUCAAGUCUUUCAGCGAGAACUUCCUCUAUGUUUGGAGCUAGUGAACCAAACCAUUGAUAGAUGUAAGCAACAGUUAUCGGGGACGACGACUACUGAAUACGUACAUGGACAAUCAGAGUGUUCAGAACAAACUUCAAGUGAAGGACAUCAUGUAUUUGAAGAGUUUAUGCCAUUAAAAAGAAGCUCAUCUUCGGAUAAUGAUGAAGAAGAGGAAAAAGAAGAACAAUCACCUAAGCGUCAGACCACCGAAAAGGACAAUAAAAAGAAAUCAGAUUGGCUUAGAUCUGUUCAGUUGUGGAACACAACUCCAGAUCCAGUUUCAUCCCAAAAAGAGGAGUUGCCUAAAAAAGCUUCCGUUACGGAGGUAAAGAGUAAUGGUGGUGCUUUUCAACCUUUUCAAAGAGAAAAAAAUGUGGGGAAACCUAAUGGGACGUCUUCGUCAGCCUGUACGACUCCGGUAGCUUCUGCUCCGGCGACGAGUUCAAACGCCGACGGUGGAAGCAACAAAAGAGAAGAAGAUAAAGAUGGGCAGAAUCAGAGAAAGCAGAGGCGAAACUGGUCCCCAGAGUUGCACAAGAGAUUCUUGAAUGCCCUUCAACAACUUGGGGGUUCUCAUGCUGCUACUCCGAAGCAAAUUAGGGAGUUGAUGAAGGUCGAUGGGCUUACUAAUGAUGAAGUCAAAAGCCAUUUGCAGAAAUACCGUUUGCACACAAGAAGACCAAACCCAGCCAUUCACAACAAUGGCAAUGCACAAACACCCCAAGUAGUGUUUGUUGGUGGCAUAUGGAUGCAGCCUUCUGAAUACGCAGCUACCGUAGGUGGAAGCAGCGAUUCGCCCAACGGGGCGGCCACCAAUGGAGUCUACGCUCCUGUGGCGGCUCCACCGCAAGCGGCCCACCACGUGGCAGUCCAUAGGCAGCAAAUGCAAAAUAAGCAUUCAUCGGAACACUCUCAUAAUAAUUCAGAAGAAAGGAGGAUGAGCCAUAGCCAUAGUGAAGGAGGCGUACACUCCAAUAAUUCUCCAUCUACCUCAUCCUCCACCCAUACUACAACAACUUCUCCUGCGUUUUAAUCAUGUUCUACAUAUACCAAUGAGAAAAUGAUGUAAAUUUUGUAACAAGUUCUUUUUGUGAUAAAUAUAGAGACCACAAAUUAUCAGUACUUCA